AUGAAUGAUGGGACCGUUGUCAUAGUAGCUAGGAAUUUCCUUAUGCCAAUGGAUGAAAUGCUGUUAUCAGUGAGGUCUGAUGAAGAGACUAUUGAUGACUCAAUGGCUUUUAGCAUUCAAAGUGCUGCUUCUGUUUCUAACAUGGCUGAUAGUUUGCGUGCUAGAGAAAACGAGGUUCAGGAGCUGACCACUGAAAAUUCAUCUCUUCAGAGAAUGCUCCAUGAGUCUCAACAGGAGGUUGAGAAACUUAAAGAGGAAAAUAAUGCCUUGUUGAAACUGGUGAGUUCGUACUCCGUUGAUACGCUAAGAAGGUUAGACAUGCUGCAAGUUUCCAAUGAAAGAAUUCUAGGAGACCACGAGAGGCUUAUUGUUAAGCUUAAGAGGCGCUGUCAUCUUCCUUUAGAGGCUUCCAGAACAUAA